AUGCAAGCAAGACGGAUAAGGUACGACGUCAUCGCCCUGGUAGAGACGAGAAGACGCCAGCCCUUCAACACCGUCUGUGAUAUCGGAGAAGAACUGUUCCUCGAAACAUGUGACAGCGGAGGAGUCGGUGGCGUCGGCGUUCUCCCCAACCCGAGUUUUUCCAUGAACACCGAUUCAUUGGAACAACUUACAACUCGCAUCCGACGUUUACGAUUAAGAAGACGUGGACCAAUUCCGGCUUUGAUAAUCUUCGUCAUUUACGCGCCGACAUCAAACUAUGACGAAAAAGAAAUCGAAGUGUUCUAUAUAAACUUGGAGAAGUUUUACAGAAAAUACCACACAUUCUUCAUGGUCAUCACUGAAGAUUUCAACGCCAACAUUAAGCCAAGAAGAACAUCUGAAGAACGCCACAUUGGGACCCACGGAUUGGAAUGGAACGAACAGGGUGAGCGGCCGUCCGAGUUUAUCAUGGCGACCAAGAUAAUCCAUGGUAACCCGCAAUUCCAGAAGCCCCACACUCGACGAAGAAUACGAUCGGCUCAUUAA